UUGAUUGAAACAGCGCAGCGACAUGACUCAUAUAACGAUAAGGCUGGUGUCCCCGCCGUUUGGGAGUAGGAAUAUUCGAGAAAUUAUUAGAAUCAAGACUCCGGAAAAGCUUCUACCGCUUGGGGAUUCCAGUGGGAGUUUUUCUGUCGAUACGGGAGGAAAGGUUGUUCAUAUGGCUGAUUCAAAUUACAAAGACAGCUGUAAGCAGGCAAUGAACGGCAACUGUGAAGUUUUAAAACCUUAUGAUGGGUCUCCUUCAAAUGUAGAUGGAAACGAGAAUGUUUGCGAGUACGUUCAUGGUCAUGUAAGAUCAGAAGAUUCAAAACAAUUUAAUUCUCUUCAUGUAAACACAGAAAAUUACACAGAACUGAAUGGAAUGGCUGUGGAGAACAAAGAGAAGUGGACGAAAUGUGCGGAAAAUUUAGAGACGCAUUGCGAUACAUGUGGAUUGAGAGUUGAGCGUGAGGAGGUUGAAUCAGAACUGUACAUAACACGCAAAGAUUUAGCGACUGUGCAAAGCCAGCUUGAAAUGUUUAAACUCAGGCUUGAAGAGGAACUUGUUGAAAGAUUUAAACUCGAGGAAGAGCUGAAAUCUGAAGCUGAGUCCCACGAGAACGACUUGAAAAUAUUAAAGGAGAAAAUUGAUUUUCUGGAACAAAAUGAAAGCGAAAAAACUUGGCGGAUUGAAGAGUUAGAAAGCCAGAUUGUGGUUUAUAAAGAAGAGCACGAAAAAAGCUGGGAAGAGGUUGAAAGUUUGCGAAGUUUCGUUGGUAAAUAUCAGAAUGAUUUGAGUAAGGUAAGGGUUGAAGCGAACAGUGCAAGUGAUCAAGCAGUUGAAGCCAUCAACGAGAUGGAAUUGUUGACAAAGAAAACGGAGAAAAACGAACAACAGAAAGAUGAGAUUAAAAAACAGAUGAAAUCGGAGAUGGAAGGAUACUGGAAAGAGGUGCGAGAAUUGAGGAGUGUUUUUGAAAACUGGGAAAAGUUAGAUUUCGAAAGGAAAACGCGCAUUCAGACAUUAGAAAACGAAGUUGCGUCUUAUAAAAGCCUCGUGGAUGAACUAAGAGAAAAUCUGGCUGAUGGAGACAACGGAGCAAGCGGGGAAAGGAGUAACGUGAAAACAGACUCUACCAAAAGUGAGCAUUUGUUCAGAGUACUUUGUCAGGAAUUGAACGAGGUCUUUAGGGAACAUCUCAACAGCCAGGGAAAGUUUUCCGAGUUGUCGCUCGUUUUGGAAGCUACUCAUAAGGAACUUGAAGAAGCGAGAAAUCGAAGCCAGAGUCAAAACCAGACUCUGCAGCAGUUUAAAAGAAAUUACAACGAUUUACACGACGAUAUGACAGCGUUGAACGAAGAAAAUCGUCAUUUGAGGAAAAGUUUGGAGAAAAAGUGCGUGGAAUUAGCAGAUAUUAGACGAAAGUUUCUCGCUUCAGAGACGCAAGUGUCUUGGCUCAAAGAAGCGUUAGAUAUUGUUGACAAAGCCAAGAAAAAAUCAAGCUGUAAGCGAGUGCAAUUAGCCAGUUAACUUCGGUAUUUUCACGCCACUGAAAAAUCAAGUAGCGUUUGUUUCAACUGGAUAUCAAACCUCUUUUGUAAACGUUCUUCUAUACAGGAAACAUUAUCAUUGAUGUACGAGAUAUUUUAUAUCUGUGGAAUUUCAGAUACUCGUAAUAUUUAUGUAUUUACAUAAAACCCUCUUUCAUAAUUAAUGUUAAAACGUACUUUUACAGAAUUCCUAUUACAAAUUCAAACAUUCUCAAAUGCAAACUCUCAACUUUUGCAAUGGAAUACCCGUUAUAGUAAAUAAAGCUUAUUACGUUA